UGUUCAAGUUUGUGUUUUCAUCUUAGUUUAGUAUAAAAUGCAGCUUGGCUGAUUUUACCGAAAAAUUAAGAAAAAAAUACAUUAAACCUUAAAAAUCAUAAACUUUAACACCUUGGAAAAUUCACAAUAAAGACUUAUUACAUAGACUGACUUUUUUACAAUAUUCAUAAUGGGCAGUAGCAGUAGAUCAGAGGAAAAACGUUCCUUACAAUCCACAGAGAAUUUCAAAGACUAUGACCCCGAAAAACUGAACUCGAUAGGAGUCUAUGAUGAAGGUCAAUAUGCUGACACUAGUAAAUUGUCGUUUCAAGAUUUACUCAAAAUUCACCAAAAGCAAACCGUGUGGGGGUUCCAAUUCGGGAAAGAAGUUCGCCAGAGUACGUUAAACAGAGAGAAAAGUAUGCAAGGAAAGAUUAAGGAUGAUUGCGAGAAAUGUGAUGAUGUUCAAACAGUGAUUGAUAGUGAUACAGCUAGUACAAGCAGUUCUAAGUCAAUUACUGAGAAAGAUCAUAAGACUCCUCAUUCACGAAAACGAACAGGUGUACGAAGGACUGGUAAAAGGAAGAAUAGUAUGAAGGGAAAUGAUUUUGUUUCACCACAAAAAACACGGAAGGCACCUUUGCCAUUGUUGGAUUGGGCUGAUUCUAAAGAAGUAUGGUUAUACAUGGUUUACAAAGAAGAGGCUUCCUUAAAUCUCAGAAAUCCCUGUCUCUUCGAGGAUUUCUCAAACUUCAUGCCUCGAAUGCGCGCCAUUUUACUAGACUGGGUGAUGGAAGUUUGCGAAGUGUACCACCUUCGCAGAGUAACCUACUACCUCUGUGUGGACUAUUUUGAUAGAUUUUUAUCAAUAAGGCCAGAUGUACCUAAAAAUCAACUACAACUAGUUGGAGUUACUUGCCUAUUUUUAGCUUCAAAAUUGGAGGAAGUGUAUCCUCCACGUUUAUCAGAAUUUUCUUAUGUUUGUGAUGGGGCCUGUAGUCCAGAUGAAAUUUUGUCUUGUGAAUUAUUGAUUUUAAAUAGUUUAGGUUGGGAUUUGAAUAUCAUGACUCCCAGUGAUUGGUUGAAUCUUUAUAUGCAGAUACAUUUCCAAGUAGGGAAUGUAACAAAGCAAAAGCUACAUUUGGAAAUGAAUAGAGAUUUUUUGUUUCCCCAAUACUCAGGCUACCAGUUUACCAGAGCAUCACAAUUAUUGGAUAUGUUAAGUUUGGAUCCAGGUUUUUUGAAGUUCAGUUACAGCACUAUUGCUGCGGCUGCUAUGUAUUUUAUGUAUGGAAAAACUGUGGCGUUAACUACCUCUGGUUUGUUUUGGGUACAGUUGCAACCUUGUGCUGAAUAUAUGGCAGUUUUUUAUCAUGUGAUUAGAGAUAGCCCGGAUCCAAGAUUGCAGUCUUGUAAAGGAGAUACUAAUGUUGAUGACCAGAGUUUUACAGCAUUGGACAGCAUCAGGCAUAAGGUUAAAGGUUUGGUAAAAGACGAAAAUCAUUCAUUACAAACCCAUGUGAUCAACAUGGAAUAUUUUGAAAAAUCAGCAAUAAUUAGGUUAGAACAAAUGGGACUGAAAGUAGAACGAACUUAUGUAAAGAAGAAAAAAGCAGAUCAGAAACCCGAAAAAUCCGAUCAUGAAGAUAGCUGCAAAGAAAAUGACAAUGAAAGUGAAGAUGCCCAAACUUCCGUCUGUAUGUAUGAAUUAGAAAAAUUAAAUUGUGAAGCAGAUAUACUAAGCGAUGAUGAGGACUUAAAUAUUAUUCAACCACAAACUGCAGAUGCUAAUUUAAUAUUGCAAGAAGAAAAUAAAGCAAUUUUAAGUUUUGACGAAAUCUUGGAUGGUAUAGUUAAAUGUAAUAAAAAAAAUAUUAAACUCCAACCAGAAUCUAAUUCGGAGACUGAUUUAGAAUUAUGUAACAUAGAGGAAUUUAAUCCUAGAGACUAGCAGUAGUUAUUUUAGGUAUUUUAGUGUUAAGAAAAUUUUAAAAAAAUAUUUGAGCUUUUGACGUUUUAAUUUAUUUCUAUCAGAAAUGUAAUAUACGCAGUAAAGCUACAGUUUUAAUAAUAUGAUAGGAGAGUGAUGAUUAUGUAACAAAAUAGUAACGUUUUAUGUUACACAUUGUAACAAAAAAAAAACCACUUCUUAUAUUAUUUUAACAAUUGACGACUUAGUUGCUGAACAUAGUGUAUAGCCCAUAUGUGCCUUAAUAUAAAGCUAGAUAGUUGAAUAAAUAAAAAAAAUUAAAAUGCAUACAAAAUGUCCUAACUAGUCCAAAUACUACAAGUAUCAACUUCGUGAUAAUUUAUUGGAAAUAUCAGUAAAUUAAAUUGAAUUUUUUAUCCAUAACCUCUUAAAAGAAAAAUGGAUACAACACUCUUCUAUCAACUUUUUCAAAUAUUUUACAAUGGCGUCACCCAUAAUAAAACAGAAUUUACUCAUUAGGUAGGCAUUUGAAAGUAGUUUAACUUGAACAUUUUUGGAAUAAUAAUUAAAAAAAAAGUUUUAGCUCUUUCAUUUGGCAUAUGUAUAAAAUAUGAUACUGUAACUGGUCUGCAGACUUGGGAUCGUUACUUAAAAAUAGUAACGUGUUACUUUAGAGUUACUUUUGCUGCAAAGUAACAAGUAACGUGAUAAAUAAUCAUUACAAUUACUUUAUUUGAAAAAGUAAUGCGUUAUUGUUCGUUUCUUUUAAAAUAACGUGUUACUGAAAAAGUUUUAUUUGCAAUAACGUGUUACUUUCGGAAAUAAACGAAUAGGAAAAAUUAAGGUUAUAUUGUUGUGUGUAAUUCAUUCUUUAUUUUGCUAAAUUUUUUAAUUAUUCAACAGAAAACUUAACAAAAUAAUAUUGAAACUAAACAGUCUUUCUUGUAGCAGUUGUAGUAAUCUAAAGGAUAAACAAAAUUACAAAUUAUAUGAAUCGGUGAGUGGAAAAAGGAUAUGACUCCAAAAACGUAAUUUUUUAGAUAACAACGUAAACUGUUUUGUGCAAAAAACUACUUAGGCUACAAGAAUUGUAUGCAUUAAAAGUUUUUAGGUUAACUGUUUCUCGAAACAAAUAUAACGUGACAUUUUAUUUAUUUUUUUCCGUAACUGUCAAAAAAACAAGUAUCACUUAUAUUGUUUUUGCACUCAAUUUUAAAAAUACAUUAAAUGAUUAAUGUAGAAUUUGAUUUGUUCCCGGGUGUGGAACGAGUUAUUUUGCAGAUAAAUAUAGCCAAUAAAAAUCUUGACAAAAUUUAUCAGAACAUUUUUAAAGUAGUAAGUAAAAUAAUGUAUUUAUUUGUAAUAUUUAUUGAAAACUAGUUACAAACCUUAUCUUAUGGAGUGUAGUUUAUUUUAUUAAAAUUUUUAUAAGGUUUAAUAUAGCCUAAAAAUAGCAUGAGUAUAUAUUAAAAAUUCAACUUACCAGCAAGAGUUCUGACAUUAGAUAAGGUUACUACUAUUAUUUUUUGGUUGUACCCCAAUUUAGUAAUCGUAAAUUACUUGGAGUUAUAUUAUUUUUCCACUCAGUUUUAAAAAUGCAUUAAAUGAUUAAUGUUAAUUGAUGAACAUGGUUGCAAGUAAAGAAAUAGUUGAAUAUUUAUUUAAAAAAACAUCAGUACUUAUUAAAAAUAUAACACAAUUUUUUUUUCCAAAUUAUUCAAUCAUCAUCGUGGUUUACCAUGACGUGAUAUGAUAAUAAAAUUCCAAAGUUUCUCCUGCCAUAUAUUGCAUUACUUUUUUGAGAUUAUCAGUUUUUUUAAUGUUGAUUGGUAAUAUAUUUGAGUAGGUAGGCGCAGCUGGGUUUGAUUAACUUGAAAGUUCUUGACAUUAAUUCGCAGAACUGUUAUAAGUAAACUGCCGGUAACUUGAUAUCGUAAAUUUGCCUUUAUGUUCAUCCAGAGAUUGGCAUGUUUUCUUAUGGUGGUUUGGCCACCAGUUUUUGUAGUCGACGAUAUCGUUAUAGUAUACUGUUGAAAUUGUGAAUGGUUUUAACUUGCGGCGAGACAAUAUCAUGUUUUAGUAAUCCUCCAGAACAUCGAUUCUAUCAUAUCUUCUUAUAACCGUUUUUAGAUCACAGAAGUUCCUAUCGCAUGGCAAAAAAGUUGCCACGAACUGGAAAAUAGUGAUACAUUUUACGGAACUGCUUUGAUGCCGCAUGAGCUAACAAAUAUCUUGCUACCGUGCGGUUACGGUCUUGACCUAGGCAACCAUCUGAAAAUAUGUAAAUAUCUGUGUUAUCUCUGCUGGCAUUUUCUGCACAUAAUCAUUAAGUUGUCGGUAACAAAACAUCUCUUGAACGGGUAUAACAGGCAGCAGCAUAUUUUGGCACAUUUUCACGUUCUAGGUAUAAAUAGUAAUUAUUUUGUUUACUUUAGAUUAAAAUUUGUUAGCCUUGCGUUUAUGGAUCAUCAAUUCGGCACCUGCUACUCUCUUGUCAUUGAAGUUUUGGUCCUUAAGUUUUGUGGAUAGUCUUUUGCAUUGACGACAUCCACUUGAUGCCUCUCAAAUUUCAAUGCAUUUAAAUAGAAUUCAUGUUUGACUUUAUCACUUAAGUCUGAGUAUAAUUUAACAAAAAGAUUAUACAUAAACUUAACGUUUAGUGUUGAGUCAAGAUAGUGAACUUCUUUAGAACAGUAGUGGGGAGUUUUAUGGGGAAAUGAUUCAAUAUGUUGAUGAAUUUUGGCAAUAAUGUAACUUCUGGUGGUAAAACAUGUGGUUGAUUAUUGUAUGUCUUUGUAGCCUGGAAUUUGAUAUUGCAUUCAAACUAAGAAAGGCUGCCUUGUAAACCUGUUGCCUCUCUAAAUUAUUGUUUUGGAUAAAAUAUGAAAAGGCUACUUCCCGAUUUUUUCUCAGCUUCUCCCUUUGGUCACUUCCUUGCUACUGGUUUACAAUCCAUCAAGCCAUGUAAAUAAACAUGCUGUUCGUUUUUUGAACCCUUUUCAUAUAACUUUCUUUUUGUCUGUUGUAAGAUUUGACUUGCAUUUAUUUUUACAUCUAAAAAAAUUGAUAAUAAUAAUAAUAGUACUCUCCCUAAUUCACCCCCUUACGAGUGAAUUUUAACCCCAAAAGCUGAGCUUGUACGGGGAAAGGGACGGCUAUUAUUAUUAUUUGCAGUGGCGCUCCGGGGCGACUUAAAGAUGAUUGAUGGUGCCAUUUGACUUACAGGUGAGGAAAACCUCACCCACCAUCAUCGAGACGGUAAUGCAUGGCGAUUUUAUAAUCUGCAUGUCAAAUCAACAGAAAUUGAAUUUCUAUUAAUACGGCACACAUCAAAUCCUAAACCGAACCAUGCAAUUUAAUUAAAAAUCCACAUGGUCCGGGCUGGGAUUCGAAGCCCAGCAGUCUCUGACUCAUAAACUUGCCUAUAAAUGAAUAUAAGUGCGUUAGACCGCUACACCACCGACCCGAUAAACCAUCAUUGAAUAAAUUUUACCAGUAUAGGUGCUUACGUGCAGUCUUUAACAACCAUUCUAUAGACUGUUUGCAGGACGUCUUUUCCCCCUUUUUUCAACUAUUUCAUUAACAGAAUUCUCACUGGAUAUGUUAAAUUAAUUUUGAUAUAUAAAAAUCGAAGCAGCACAAAAAAGUUAAAUUACUCAAAGAUCCACCCAAGAUCGCACAGAAUACUAAAAUGAAUAUUUUUUAUAUUAGCUGAUUGAUGGCGCUCGUGUCCGGUGUUGAAUGGAAGAACGAUAUAAAUCCUGGAGUUAUAUCGUUAUUAAACUCAAUGUCAAAACUAUACCGCUAUGUUUAUGCGUGCCAGUUUCAGUUAUUAUAAUGUUUAUCGGCCCAGUGUAAAGGUAGAAGGCUAAAGAUGAUUUUGGUUAUCUUGGUUUAAAACGCCAUUUUUUGGAGUUAUAUCCUUUUUCCACUCACCUAU